AUGGAACCCUGUGGGACCCUGCUGGAGAGACUAGCUGAGGGAGAGGAGAAAUUGCCAAAGCUGACUGAGAAACUUCUAUCGCUAAGGAUGUGGUGCCUAUCUUACACUUUCUCUGCUAUCUAUCCUGCCAAGCUAAACCCUGCUCCAACCUGUUCUCUGGUAAACAACUUUGAAUCAGAUUUCCAGGCUGAUGGAGACUUCAUGAUCGGAGGGAUUUUCCCCAUGCAUUACCGGGUUGAGCCACCAGACCAAGACUUCUCUUACAAACCAGUUGCUCCACAGUGUUGGGGAUUUGACUCCAGAUCUUUCCGCUGGGCCCAGACCAUGAGGCUGGCUGUUGAGGAAAUCAACCAGAGUCGGAACCUGUUGCCUAACGUCACUCUGGGAUACAAGAUCCAUGACUCCUGCACAACCCCUGUGACAGCUCAGGCAGCAGUUUUGAUGGUUCUGAAUGGACCGGUUGAAGCCCACAACAAAGUCUGUUCUGGAUCCUCUCCGCCUUUAGCUGUGGUUGGAGAAUCUGGGUCUGCACAAUCUAUUGUUCUCUCCAGAAGUCUACAGCCCUUCAGAAUUCCAAUGAUCAGUUAUUUUUCUACAUGUUCCUGUUUGAGUAACAGGAAAGAAUUCCCAACAUUUUUCAGAGUUCUUCCAAAUGAUGACUACCAGGUGAAAGCCAUUGCUCGCCUCUUGCAGAGAUUUGGUUGGAUGUGGGUUGGUGUCAUCCUUGAGGACCAUGACUAUGGAAAAUUUGCUCUACAUGGAUUGAUGAGGGAAAUAGAACACACUGGUGUGUGUUUAGCGUACCAGGAAAUGAUCCCCAAAGUGUACAAUCGUGAGAGAGUACAGGAAAUCCUUAACAUUAUGAAACAGUCCACUGCAAGGGUUGUGGUGGUUUUCACUGGUGAAGGGGAGCUCUAUCCAUUCCUUAGAGAGUACAUGGAUCAGAACAUCACAGGGAUACAAUGGAUUGCCAGUGAAGCCUGGGUAACAGCCUCAUUAUUCACAAGCAGUGAGUUUUACCCAUUUCUAGGAGGUACGAUUGGGUUUGCCAUCCGACAGGGGUGGAUACCAGAUUUGAGAGACUACCUGAUGAGUGUAAACCCAUUGAGGUACCCCAGUAACCCCCUGGUGCAUGAGCUGUGGGGUGCUUUGUACGGUUGCUCUUUCUACCCCUCCAGCAACAGGACCCAAGCUUCCUUGCGGCUGCCCCCCUGUUCAGGGCUGGAGCCCCUGAAGGAGCAGCACUCUGCCUACCUGAACACCUCCAGCCCUCGUGUUUCCUACAAUGUGUACAAAGCUGUGUACGCCAUAGCUCACUCCCUGCACAACCUCAUCAGCUGUAAGCCUGGGAGAGGGCCCUUCCACAACUCCUCAUGUGCUGAUGCCACAAACAUUCAACCAUGGCAGCUCCAGCACUAUCUUCAGGAAGUCUCUUUUCGUAUUUCUGGAGAGGAGGUGAAUUUUGAUGCAAAUGGAGAUGUAGUUCCAUCAUAUGAUGUUAUCAACUGGCAAAGAGGUGCCACUGGAAACAUUGAGUUUGUCAAUGUGGGAAGGUUUGAUGGUGCAAAAGAGGCUGGGAAGGAGCUAUUCAUCCAAGAGGAGGGAAUCCUGUGGGCGGGCCACCAGAGAGAGGUGUUGGUGUCUGUGUGCAGUGAGAGCUGUGCUCCAGGAAGCAGGAAGGCUGUCCGUCGUGGCGAGCCUCUGUGCUGCUUUGAUUGUUCACCAUGUGACAGCGGGAAGAUUAGUAAUAAGACAGAUUCAAUAGAUUGUACAUCUUGUCCUGAGGAUUACUGGUCCAAUGCAGCCAGAACUGAAUGCAUACCCAAAGCGAUUGAGUACCUCUCCCAUGAUGCAAUGGGACUGACCCUGACUGUGAUUGCUGUAGUAGGAGCCUGCCUGACUGUCGCUGUUCUGGGAGUUUUCCUCUACCACAGGAACACUCCGAUUGUCAAAGUCAACAACUCAGAGCUGAGCUUCUUCAUCCUGCUCUCUCUGACUCUGUGCUUCCUGUGUGCACUGGUGUUCAUCGGAGAGCCUACAUCAUGGUCCUGCAUGCUGCGCCAUACUGCCUUCAGCAUUACUUUCUCAAUCUGCAUCUCCUGUAUCCUGGGGAAGACUCUGGUGGUGCUGGCUGCCUUUACAGCCACCAGGCCUGGAAACAACAUCAUGAAAUGGCUGGGGCCCAAACAGCAGAGAUUUAUCAUAUCUGUCUGUACCUUCAUACAAGUGAUAAUCUGUGCAGUGUGGCUGAUCACUGCUCCUCCUUUCCCAAAUAAAAACACCCAGUACCAGAGGUCCAGAAUAAUCCUGGAGUGUAGUGUAGGUUCCGAACAGGCCUUCUGGUGUGUUCUGGGAUACAUUGGGUUCCUGGCUGCUCUGUGCUUCAUUCUGGCUUUUCUGGCCAGGAAGCUGCCAGGUAAUUUUAACGAGGCCAAAUACAUCACCUUCAGCAUGCUGAUCUUCUGUGCAGUGUGGCUCGCCUUUAUACCAGCUUAUGUCAGCUCACCUGGAAAGUUCACUGUAGCUGUGGAGAUAUUUGCAAUUCUAGCAUCAAGUUUUGGGUUACUGCUGUGCUUAUUUGCUCCAAAAUGUUACAUAAUUUUACUGAAACCUGAGAAAAACACUAAAAGGCAUUUAAUGGGAAGGUUAACGAACUAA